AGAAAAGUGCAUUCAUGUUGACGCCCUGUACAUAUAUAUUAUUCAUCUUACGCCCACCAUCUCAGCCAUCCUGAUUCCCUGAUUCCUCCUCAUUCCGACACCCCUCCUACAUCCCAUAUUAUUUGAACUACGAUUUGCCGUCCGUCUCCGCGAGCUAGUUUACCCCGGAAAUCCAGCCUUACAACCAUGGAAGUCUCGGCUUAUUUCGAACGCUAUCAGAAGAUAGUGUCCAUAGAACAGAGAAAGAAUAAUCUUAUCGAGGAACUUCUGCAACGCGUGACGGACCUCGAAGAAGCCUUUUCAAGAGAAAAACUCGACCAUGAACGGGAAAUGCGCUUUAAUCGAGACAUCCAGAUUCACGAAAUCGAGUUGAUGGAUAAGCUAUCGAGGGUCAAAACGAUUAUGGACCGUGAACCCUUUGUAGCCGUGCUACUCGACGGAGACGGUAUGAUAUUCAAAGACGAGUUUCUACAACAAGGAGGACAAGGUGGACGAAAUGCAGCGUCGCAACUCUCAUCGGCCUUACAAGCUUAUGUCGAAGACAAUUUCCCCGGCAUCUCCGCCCCGAAAAUAAUGACCAAGAUAUAUGCAAAUAUGAACGGAUUAAGCGACAUCUGUAUGCGUGGGCAGAUCAUAAACGAGCAGUCCGUUCUCGACGAUUUUGUUCGUGGCUUCAAUGGAUCUAUGCCACUAUUAGACCUGGUGGAUACUGGAAAAAGGAAACCGUACGACAAGAUAAGAGAGAUGCUCGACUUGUAUAUUUACAACUGCCACUGCCACCAGAUCUUGCUGGGAUGCUCGCCCGAAGUCGGAUAUUCUGAGAAAUUGGAAGAUAUACUAGCAGACAGGGAUCUCAUCGGACGAGUGUCAUUGAUUGAAGGAAUCACAUUCGAUAGGGAUUUGGAAUCAUUAAAGCCUUCCUACCGGGUCACUAAUUUUCCAGAUAUCUUCCGAACUGCAAAGAUUACCCCUGCUUUGGCACCUUACAAGGCAGCUGUAACCGCAAAGCCUCGUUCCCUGUUCACACCAUCGCCAAUUCAACACACAGUGCCCCUUUCGAGGACAUCAACCAAUACAACCUUGGCCAGCAAUAGCACGCCUAUCACCGUACCUACAUCGUUUACGAAUUCCGCAAACAUACUUAGCAUAGACGAGUUCCAGGUUGUGCGUCCAAAGGCGACCAAUUCGACCCGUUCAAAGACAGUGGAACGAAAUAGAUACGGCCAACGCGUUGACCGGCUUGAUUUCAAGAGCAUUCCGCGAGAAGACCUGAAUCGCCUUAAGAAACUGAAACUCUGUAACUUUUACUACCUGCAAGGCGAAUGCCCCAACGAGAAUUGCCACCAUGAUCACACGCGCAAACUGAGCAAGAAUGAUUACUUCAUAUUGUCCGCCAUUGCUCGCAUGACUCCAUGUCGCUUCGGACUUGAAUGUGAAGAUGCGGAGUGUAUGUACGGACACCGCUGUCCGCAGAGCGAACCUGGCAAAAAGGAUUGCUAUUGGGGCUCGAGCUGUCGAUUCGAACCGGAAACUCAUGGAAUUGAUACAACUAUCGUCAAACUGACCAAAGUUUAGUCAAGUGCUUGUGCAAUGACCACGGUCAGGGAGUGAGAUGCUAUCUUUCUGUUUCAUCCGUGACGUCGUAUCUUCUCAACUUGCACCGCUUGCAUCAUGCUCGAAUACUUGCAUAUAUUACAUGUUCGUGUCCAUAUCCAUAUAUUGUGGCUUGCGUUCUGCCCAUGGGCAACUGACAUCCACGU